AUGACAACAGACAGUAGGAUGGUGAUUUCAGCCAAGGUGGUGGAUCACACUGGGGCAUGUUUGGGUGACCUGAGGCCAGAGAAGUGGGGCGGGGAUGGAGAGUGGGGCCUCGCGGUGUCUAAGGGUCAGGUCAAAACCCAGGAAGACCUUCUCUUCUGUUUAGUGACGUCACCGGUCAUUGAGCUGUUCUUAAAUACAGGGGAUCCGUGCACCGCCACCCCGUGUCCACCGCGGACUCAAGGGUCACCGGGCCCUUCUGUUCUGUCUCUUCCUGAUCUGGCGCCGGACAAGGGAGGCUCCCCGGAGAAAGUGAGUCAGAUUCUCCGGACAGAAGGAGGGUGCAGACGGGUCAACGGGCCAAGAGUGUAUUCUGCUGGGAGCCCACCUGGGGGCUCACAGAUCCCGCACAGGUGUAUCGCGAGCGGGAGCCUCAGGGGGCAGGAGGCGGGGCCUGGGGGAGCUGUCCAAUCUGAGGCCACAGGGGCCGCGUCAGGAUUACCCUCCAAUCAGACCGUGAAGGGCCGCAAGCCGUCCUAUCACGGCGCGGGGGCCGCAAUUAUAUCCCGGGAACCGUCCAAUCAGGCCCGGGGGCGGGCGCGAUCCCACCUCGUGGACGUGAAUCCGCGUUCCCCGCGGGCUCGGGCUCCUCUGCGCGGGGCUGGCACCCGCCUGGGGCCGCAGUGCCGAGUGGAGGACGCGUGGAGAGCCCGGAGCGGAGCCGCCAGAGGGAAAAGCACAGAUGAAAGAUAUUUGUUGGCCUGAAGCCAUCCUUACCCACUGAGACCAGCAUCACAUCUCUGUAGAGGUUCUUCUGCACAGAAUCCAGCAAAGACCACUCCUCCAAGGUGAAGUCCACAGCCACAUCCUCAAAGACCACUGAGUCCUGACAUAUACAAGUGUGUGGAGGAAGAAGGACUCUUCUUUUGCGACUCCGGCCAUACUCCCUGCAACAGUCAUG